UUCACGAUACAGGCCAAAUGAAAUCAUAGUUUUAAAUGAUGAGGAAAGCGAGGAAACUGAAUAUGAAUUGAAUUUAAAUGAUAACGAUAAUUAUUUGAGCAGUGUUGACAAUAGUAGUGACAUAGAUAUUACGACGAAUAAAGAUAUCGAACUUAAAAUAGUACUCGAAAAGGCUAUAAGUUUUAUAGAAAAGUCAUCUGCUCUUCCUCAGCAAGAGAAAUGGUUAGAUUCAGUUGAAAAAAAUUUUAAUCCUAUAAAAAAAAUGGUUGAGGAUUUAGAAAAAUUCGAAAAUGCCAAAACAGCAAGAAAUACAUGGAAUGGACGAAAUUCAAAUACCUUUUAUUGGCAAUAA